CAUGACUAGUAGAUGACUCCAUUGAUUUUGAGGUCAGUAUGUCCAAACUCACAGUUAACAAUGCCAGCACAAUAGGUCAAGGUCACAGCCAAUAGCCAUACAAAGUAACAUGUAUGGAAACCUCGUCCGUUUAAUUUAGAUACGAACAUGGAACAUGGGUGGUAGGUUGCCGUUGACCAGCAGGCCCCCUUUUCUCAAACAAUCUUACAGUAAGUGCUUGAUAUCAGGAUCAAGCCCAGCACAUUGUUUUUGAUUGGUAUGAAUUUCGUAAUGUUUUCAUGGUAAAGAAUUUGGAGGCGUUCAAAGGAAUAAUUAUAUGUGAGAUAAAUAAGUAAAACUACUUUUUAUUUUUUGAAAUCAUAUUUAGUAAGUAGUUUUACUGAAUGAAACACUUAAGAUUUUUUUAGAAAUUGGGACCAGAUGACCCUUAUUUAGCAAUAACAACGUAAAAAAUUAAUUUAAUGCGGUAUAUUAAAGUGAUAUAUCAUUUUAAAGGUUACGUCAUUACAAACUCAAAUAUGCACAUUUUUUCAAAAUCCAUCAUUUUUUUGACAGAAUUAUGGCCCUUUUAAUUUUACAUUUUUAUCAUUUUUUUCUGCCAAAAUAGGUCAAAUUCAAAACUUUGGAAUUCAAAUGAAAUAAAUAAUGUCAAACAACACAUUUUGUUUAUUUUCUAUAAAUUUAAUACACAUUCCUAAAUAUCAGAACCUAAACAAAGUUUUAAGCAAAUUAUUUUACUUUAAAAAAAUGAUGAAAAAACGUCCAUUUUUAAGAAAUUUUAAAAUUGCUUUAUAUUUUGAAGAAUGAGCUUGAAAAAGGUAAAAGACAAAGAACAUUUACAUUCUUCCAUUCACUGCUUGACUGUUGCAUUUUUACAAUUAAUAGUAUUAUAAAUAGGAAGAUUAAAGGCAAACAAAAAAUUAGUUGCCAUGGUAAGGCUUAUUGAUGUUAUGUCAAAUAUCAAUUCACAUUUUUCUGAAAUCUUUAACCUCGAUUGACGCAUCUUCCACAUGUUGCAGAAUAAACGGCGCUCAGAAAGAAUUAUGCUUGACAAAUAUGUCUUGUUCUAUAUACAAUUGCACAGGCGGAAGUUUCGUUGACAUUGGGAUUUCCAGUUCCGGUUAAACUGUUUAUACGUGUGCAAAAAGACACAGACUUAUUUGCAAACAUGAAGAAGUAAAUCCCUUCCCCUCUCUGGACACAAAGGUUUAACAAGUAGAUCUGAAUAUUUCUAAAAUCUGCAUAUGUAUCCCUUCAAGAUAAAGUUAAGUAUAUCGCCGGAAAUCAUUGGGAGGCCAUGCCCGUUUUACCAAAAAAACGUAAGCAUUUUUGUAUGGAAAGCAAAUCUUUUUCAACUGUUAAUGUCAGAAAAAAAGUCGCAAGAUAAGAGUAUUUACAAUAUUGGGGAAAGCAACCAAAAGCGCACGUGUACAAAGACCCACAAAAUAUAUGAUGAACUAAAACUGAGUCUCAGAAAACUGAUCAUUUCAUCUAGUACUGUGGUACAGGAUGGAAAGACGGGCCAAGGGGGGUGUAUAGUAAUACUCACACUUUGAUAUAGUGCACAUAGCGAUUGGAUAUCGAGAAAAAACUUUCCUUUCUCGGAACGUCGAAUUUUUGUUUUUAAGAGCAUUCCAUGUACGUGAAGUUAGCGGCCUAGCGGCCUAGCGGCCUAGCGGCGUGAAGUUAGCGGCCUAGCGGCGUGAAGUUAGCGGCCUAGCGGCCUAGCGGCGUGAAGUUAGCAGCCUGGCGGCCUGGCGGCCUAGCGGCCUAGCGGCGUGACGUUGGCGGCCUAGCGGCCUAGCGGCCUGGCGGCCUAAUUAUUUUUUCUAUUUCCAAGCAAUUGUUAAUGCGUUUUUUUAAAACAAUGAUAAAUCAAGGUUUUUUUAUUCAUAUAGUUACAUAGCGGCCUUAAAUUGUUAAAUAUUCAGAAUAUUUUUCUUGACCUUUUAUUCUAAAACAAUUUUAAAUUAACUGUUUUAUGCACAAAUUAUCACUCUGAAGCGUUUUUCAACUUUUUUUGCAAAAAAGUCGAUCAAGCACUUCAGCGACCUAGCGGCAUAGCGGCGUGAAAUUAGCGGCCUAGCGGCCUAAAUUGAAUCCUAUUUCAAAGCAUGUAUACAUGCAUUUUCUUCUAAAACAAUGACAUUUUAACUGUUUUUAUGCACAAAUUAACACAUUGAAGCGAUUAUCAACAGUUUUUUUUUCCAAAAACUAGGCCGCCAACUUCACGCCGCUAAACAUGUUUAUAUUUUUGUUGAUAUUUUGUUUAAGUAUUUUAACACUUCAGUCUAAAAGGUCGGCAAAAUGGCUCAAAGGGGACAGGCCGUUAUUAUCGUCAACAAAAACUUCCCAAAUCACAAAAGUCCUAGAAAAGGAGCAACAAAGGAUAUUAAAAAGAUGUUUAAACUGUUCACGUUACUGGACUUCCGUGUGAAACCGUACUGGAAUCUUAAAGGGGAGGAAAUGAGGAAAGUUAUCACUAAAGCUUGUGAGCACAAAAGUAACAAAGACAGCGAGUGUUUCGUCCUGGUGAUCAGUUCACAUGGCAGAGAAGAUGUCAACGCUAAAACUGGCUCAGGCGACGUGGUGCACGAACACGUGGUACUCGGGACGGACGAUGGCGUUGUACUCGUGGAGCAUAUACUCGAGGAAAUGGAAAACCCAACACUGAAAGGAACGCAGAAACUCUGUUUUUUUUCAGGUAAGAGUUUCCUGUGUGAUGCUUGCCGAGUGUCCACCCACCGUCUAUCAAUUAUGAAAGAUGGAGUAGACUCGGGUGUAAAUGUGAAAGCCGUCAGCACAGUUGGUGGAGGAUCAGGGGGUAGUGAUGGAGGCAAGGACAACUCCGAGGGCAUGGACGUCGAGGAUAUAGUGGAUUCACUUUUACAAGAUCUUGAGAAACCAAAAGAAGAAGACACGGCGGAAAAUGAAUGCACUGUCAUUGAAGUGAUAGACCCUUUGUCACUGCCGGACACUGAUGACGAAAGCGAGGACGACGAGGAGGUUGACACCCAGCCUCUGCAGGACUCGGGACACCCGCCCCUCCCACCCCCGAGGAAUGUUGUCCCAAACUACUGCCCCCGGGACUGCCUCGUUAUGUACCCUGUGCAGCCGCACAAAUAUGCCUUCCGGUCACUCACAAAUGGGUCGUGGAUGCUGUACUUCCUGUACAAGAACAAGGAGAUGCUUCUGAAUGAAAAUGAAAACUUGAGUCUCCUGCAGUACCUUACCAAGGUGACGGCCGACCUCGCCGCCAGGGACUACAACUGGGGAAGUGUGAAAGAAUUGCAGAUGGCCGACACCAUUGUUCACAGGUUAACCGCUGACGUCCGCUUCCAACCUUUCGAGCAUGGUAUGAUGUCUCGAUUUAUACAAAAAACAAAGACGAAAGCUGGCUUUUUUCGUAAGCACCAAAUCGUUCUAUAGAGUACUUGCCUUAUUUCAUAAUGUUGUCUUUGAAUGUCCAAGUUUAUUGACUAAGUGUGCGUUGUUUAAACAGAAACAAAAAGAUGAUUUGUUUGAUUUUAAAAAUAUAAACAAAUCAUUAUACCAUAUCAUAUAGGUACUUAGUAUAACCCCUAAUUUUGAGUUAUACUUAAAUAUAGACAAAAUCAUCAUAUUAACGAAAACCUGGUUACACCUGAUUAAGCCUGGUUAAAGAGUUGUCUGGCUUGAUAUCCCCUGCUAUGCAUCCUCUGUUUAUUGGCCUAGUUCCACAACAGGGUGCCAACUUUCCUCUGUAUUUGCUGUUGGCCAAUUGCCAUUAAGGGCAGCGUAUUUAGGGCUGUGUUCUAAGAAAAACGACUUAUCAAUACCCUUUAAUCGGAAAAAAGCAAAGCGUACGGUCAGUACGAAUUUGUAAAUGCAUAUUUAAAAUAUUCGUUUUAUUUAAUGAGCAGAUGCAUAUUGAUUUUCUUUUUUUCUUCUAAAAAAACUUGUUUUUGCAUGCAUAUACAUGAAAGCUGCUUUUGAUUCUGUUAAUAACUUUUUCAAGGAGAGUUUGUCAAUUUUGUUAAACAUUUACUAACGAAAUAAUAGUAAAUGAUACGUAUAAUUAGAGUUAAAAUACUUAAAGAACACGACUUUCUGUAUUGAGACGCAAACGUAAAUAACAUUUUAUUAUUUUUCAUUAGUUUUGUUAUUGCCAAUUAAGAUCGUAUUUUUUUUGGAUAUUAUGUGGCUUCAACGACUUAAUCAUACAAAAACAAUUUCACCUGCCAAUUAGCAGUGAAAACAUUCCUUGGUAAACGGAUUUGUAGACCAUUUUAAAAGCUGUUAAAAAUGGGGUUUUUUCGCCCAAUGAUUCUAGCUUUAGAGACCAUAUUACUAAUGAAAACUAACGCUUAUGAUGUAGAUAUUGAUUGUUUUUAUUAUACGGUUACUGUUGGCUAACUAGUUAAAAACAAUCAUCUACUUGUAUGUCUAUGCACAAAAACAGGAAUUGUUGCAGAUUCCAAAUAUUUUAUAUCACCAUAUAUUGCUCAUAUUUUUAACUAUAUUGUUGAUUGAGGGGUCUACCCUGAUUCAUGGACUGAACUGUUAUUGUUUCAAUUUAUAAAAAAGGUGAUACAACUAAUCCCACUAACUAUCGCGACGUAACACUUGUAAAUAUUAUUGCUAAAAAUUAUAUUUAACGUUACAAACUCGUAUCAAUUAGUGAUGCGAAAGUGAGUAUAAAUUGAUGAUGCUCAAUUUGGACUUGGAGACAAGUGUAGUACAGUUGAUUGUAUUUUUACUCUACAUUCUGUUCCAGUAUACAAAAUGUAUUAUCAAACAAAAUGAAACUAUUUGUGCCUUUAUUGACAACGAAAAAGCAUUUGACUCGUGUCAUUCACGAUGAUCUGUGGAUAUUUUUUUAUAUUUACUAUUAUAUUAUAUUUUUUAUGAUAAAAAAUAGUUUUGGCCUUUAGCAGUAACUGGUUAUCUAGGUAUGAUUUGCGAAUUCCACUAAGUAGAUAAAUCUUAUCCGGUCAACCAAUUACUAUGUUGCUUAUUAAGUGUAAUUCGCAAACCACAACUAAAUUACCAGUAACUGCUAGAAGCCAAAAGUGCAUUUAUAGAUAAGUGGUAACACGAAUCUAAUCUAGUUAUCCGUUAUCAUGUUACUUAUUAAGUGGAAUUCGCAAACCACAACUAGUUGGCCUGUUAGUGUUGCAUAGCUAAAAAGCGUAAAAGGUGGCAGUUCUGGGCACUUUCAAGCCUGUUUUAAGUCUAAUGAUAUGUAUCUUACAAAAAAAGGUUUCGCGAAUAUUGACUUGAUAGCUAGAUAAUUAUCACAAACGUUAAGUGAUUAACAAAAAACAAUUCGCGAACACUAUCAGGUUAUCUUACGGCAGUUUUAUGCUACCAAAUUUAACACCUUUAACAAAUUUGUAUCUAUCUUAUCUAUUAAUAAUAUUAGGACUAUCAGGAACCUAGCGAAUUUUGCUUUUAUUGCCAUGUCCAAACGAAACGAUUUCCUUGCUGCCGUUGUCACUUGAUUUGUUUAAAAUGCUACAUAUAGUGGCAUUUAGUUAGUAUUGAUAUAUGUGUGUUAAAGUUAUAGUUAUCAAACACUUGUGAUAUGUUUGUAAAUAUGUUUGAAUGUUGAUGUUUUACUUCCUCUUUUUGUGACAACCUUUGUGAAUUUUUUUUAUCAAUUUCGGCCAAAUUCAUGUAUUUGCUGAUAUUUCCAAUACACUGAAACUGAAACUGAUAAAUCAUAUUCAGUUUGUUUUUUGUAAUUGACACAUGGCAAGUUUAUAAAUUUAAUUAACUCGGAAUUACAAUACAAUUGGAAUUAUAUAAUUAUAUACAAUAAUCAAACGAACGAUGAUUCGAUGUUGUUAUUUUCCUGGACCGGUAUUCAAAACAAAUACUUUACCUGAUUAAAGUUCCUAAGUUGCCAUGUUGCUAUUGUUGAUGAUGUUCUUUUUGAAAAACUAAAUGUACUUUAUUCAAACAACGUUCAUCGAAUAUUGCCCCCUCUUAAAGCUGCACUCUAAGAGAUUGAACGUUUAGACAACUUUUUUAAUUUUUGUCUUGGAACGAGCAGUUUUUUUUUUGCGUAAAUAUCUGAAAACCAGUGAUCAAAGACUGAUGACAAAAGAUCAGAUAGCAGAUUUUCAUAUUUCCUCUCAUAUUUUGAUGUUUUAUGCACUUUUUUUAAACCGUUAGUAACUGUUUAAGCCAUAACAAAUUAAAUUUGGCAUGGAAAUAUGAAAAUCUGUGAUUUGAUGCUAAUUCCAAGACAAAAAAAAAAUAAAAAAAAUGGAAAAACGGUAAAUCUGUGAGAGUGCAGCUUUAAAUGUACACAUUACUUCAUUAAAUGAUUUCAAAUUUACUUAUAUGAAAUUGCUUAUUUUGCUUAAAGAUUGUGUAAACAUUAGUCAUAUUGCUAAUAUUAGUUUAAGAAAAAAAAUCGUUACUAACUUUGAAAAAAGUAACGUUAUGUUCUCGAUGAGUACUUGUUCCUUUGACUGUAUAUAUAGUGUUUCAGUAAGGUGUCGUAUGUAAUAAUCAAAAUGUAAAACAUACUAAUGUUUGUAAAUUUGAAUAUAUGCAAUAUAUACUUACUUAUAUCUAUGUUAAGUAUGGAAAAUGUAGUGUUUUAUCAAAUAUGUACGUAGAUACUUAUACUGAUUAUGUAUACAAAAGCUGUGUAGCGAAAUAAAUCUUGAGAACAUA